GUAAAGCACAUGACACCUGCGCUCCAGUUCAUGGCGCCUGAGCCCGGCGGGCGUCGAUGGUCACGACAAUGUGGCGGAACGCGGCGCCGUGUUACACCGGUCACAGGCGCUUUAAGCUGGUCCGCUUUUCGAAGACAUAUAUAGAGCGCAUCAUAAGCGUUCAUCCCACGUGGGAUCGAGCCUUUAGACCGAAUGCAAUUGCGACAGUGCCAUCGCGGUUUCAAUUGGCGGGCACUCACCGGACCGACUCGGCCUGAUGGUUAGCCCAUCAGUGCGGUCCAUAGAUAUAGACAUCAGUUCGCCAUUUACACUCCAUCCGGCCAACAACGGUGUGAACAGACACUGAGAGUUUUAGAACAGAAAACGACCGUCUGCUUGGCGUCAUCAUAGAGCUAUUCGCACGUACUGGAGGGCUUUGCCGCAUAUCCGCCCGGCAAGCUAGCCGAGCACUGCGCAAACAGCAAUGCGGACAUUGCGAGCUUGUCGGCGCGAACUCCUGACGCUGGGCUUGAUAUUGCUUGGAUGUGGUUUUCUAAGGCUACCUUUCCAGGCUGAAGCUGCUCGGAUUUUGCAAGCACUCAGCGACGCAGCGGGGCCUGCCUCCUUUCCCUCGUCAAGCCAGUGCGUCUCUGAUGCUAUGUCUAGUCCUAUAACGGUCGUAUUUGCGGGUGGUGAUAUGACCACCUGGUGUGCGGCGGUGGAGACGCUCAGCCUGGCGACAUGUGAUGCAAAGUCUGAAUGCUGCGCUCGCGGCGCGUGGCCAGUGGCCCGGCUAGAGGUGCUUGCAGACCGCGCCUGCACCGCCUCCAACAUCGCGGGCGUGACCGUGGACGGGCAGCCCUGGAGCUCCUUCUCCUUCAACGCCGCAGCCGGCGUCCUGUCCAUCUCAAAUUUGUACGACCCGGCCGUGCCCGCGCUCACCUCCCCCCAGCCCAACUCCCAAGUGGUGUGCGUCUCUCUCAAAGGCACGGGCACCUGCGCCAAGUCCGCGGGCCUCUGCCGCCGCAUCACCGUCGGCGGCGACUGUGCCGUGCUCGCAGCCGACGCCGCUGGCGCCUGCUGCCCCGUCGCCGAGGCCCCCACCUACCAGGCCGCAGACGGCUCUGUUCCGCUGGACAGGGAGACGAGCCAGGCCUUCAACGUUACGUUGCAGCUGAACCGCAAGAGCGCGACCUACACCUGUGCCAAGCUGGGCGCCAGCCGGGCCGACCGGCGCGCGCUGUUCAAGCGCGUCGCGGCCACCUACGCGGCAGCGCUGGGCCUGCCGGGCAAGUCGGUGGCUGUGGAGGACAGCGUGUGCGGCCGCAGGAGCAACGUGCUGAGCCUGCUGGUGCGCAUGAGCGGCGGCCGCCUGCCCCACUGGGCCGCGGUGGAGGGCCGCAGCGCCGCCAUCCUCAAGGCCCUGUCCGCCGACACGGGCGGCGUACUCGUGGCGGCCACGCCCGUGGUCCCCAGCAGCAGGGGCAAGUUCGUCAAGGGCCCCGCCGCCAGCACCGGAUCCGGAUCCGGCGCCGUGCCUACACCUUCGGAUCCAAGCCCCAGCCCCAGCCCGAGCCCGCCGGUGCCCAGCCCGGCGCCUUCCUCGCCACAGCCGCCCAGCCCGGGCCCACAGCCGCCCUCGCCGCCGCCGGUCCCGGCGCCGCCGUCGCCGCGCCCGCCGCGCCCGCCGUCGCCGCGCCCGCCCAACCCCGCCUUCCUCACGGUGGCCAUCAGCAGCCUUGACAUGCUCUUCUCGCCGGACCUGCCGCCGCCGCCCAGCAAUCCCUCGCCGCCACCGGAGCCGCCGGCGCUGCCGCCGGCGCCGCUGCCGCCGUGGGCGCCCGGCACCAACGUCACCUACGACGAGAACGGAAACGUGAUUAGCAUAUCCAUAGGAGAAGUUUACGCCUGCGAGGAGAACUGCUGCGAGUGCUGCUGCGUCCGGAUCACGCCGCCCGUGUUCAGCACGGGCGGCUGGCCGGGCGGCGGGCAUGGCGGCGGCUGGACUGGCGGCGGCGACGACGGCGGCUUUGACGACGGCGGCUUUGACACCGGCAGCACCGGCGGCGGUGUGAUGAUCCAGUCGCCGCCGCCGGCCUACCCCUCGCCACCGGCGCCGCCCUCCUACCCCUCGCCUCCCUCGCCGCCUCCUGCGCCGCCCAGCCCACCCUCGCCUCCCCCAGAGCCGCCGAGCCCGCCCAGCCCUGACCCGCCCAGCCCCGAUCCGCCUUCGCCGGAGCCGCCUUCGCCCGAGCCACCCAGCCCGAAGCCGCCCAGCCCAGAGCCGCCGUCACCCGAGCCGCCCAGCCCGGAGCCGCCCAGUCCCAACCCGCCCAGCCCCAACCCGCCGCUGCCUCCGCCGCCGCCGCCGCCGCCGCCGCCGGAGGGCGAGGAAGGCAUUGAGAAGGACCCCUGGGGCUAAAGCCUCAGGGUCAGCUACGUACUGCCAACACCUGCUGCUGGGCUCGCUCCGCAACCAGAGCAGCUACUGGUAGCGUGUCGCCCUCCGUGUCUGCGCGCGCUAACAGGAACGGCCCUGUUUUUGAGUCCACUCGGAGCCAGGGCAGUACGGUGCGAAGCGCGGCUAUCGACAAUACUCUUCCGGUUUUGCGGGGGUCCACACGCGAGCCAUUGUGGCCUAGGCGCAAUCGUCUGGUCGCACGCGCAAUCGCGCUCGCAUAUCUCACGCGCAUUCAUUUGCUGCUACAGGGAGGUUUGUGUGUGUGCGUGCGCGGCCGGCCAGUGGUUGGCCGAUUGUCGACUGUGUGUGUGUUCGUGUGGUGGUGGACUUUACGACGAUUGGCAUUGAAAGUAAUUAUCCAUGCCCGCAUUGGGGUUGAUGGUUAGUCGUGGGGAAAUCAUAUCAGUGACUUCGCCCCUUACAUUCAUACGGGAUCAUGGGAGUACGUGAUUGAGUCGGUGUGACACACGCAGUUGCGCGUAGUGAUGAGGUGGGGCUGUGGGAAAGCGCCUGUGUGCGUAUAACUGCGUGCGCGCCUGUCAACAGCUUCCGUUGGGGGCUCUGUUGGGGGGGGCAAUCAUGUACCGUAUGCAUCCGCGCCUGCAACAAGGCGUGUAGGCUGACGUGGCGGCGCACCUGCACAUUUGUCAGCAAGUUGUCAGGGGCCUGCGUGGACCGACCAGGCACCGCACACGUAAGACAGCCAUUUUCUGUAUCAGCUGGCAGUUUGGUGUGUUGAGUAUGAGUUGCCCCUUGAAUAGCGGUACGUGGUGAUGGCAUUGAUGCAUUUAUGCAUGACUCUCCAACCCCACCCCACCCCUCCCCAGCAUCAGAACCCGGGAGAACGGUUGCGGUAGAGUUGCAUCACACGCUGGCGUGUGUAUGGUAUGCAUGACCCGCGUGGUAUGGGGCCACGCUGUCCAAGGGCUUGCUGAAAAGUGAAUGCCCCCAUGACAAGUGGCGCGCUUGAAUUACUGUGCCAGGUAGAAAACAAUUGCAUUGUCGGAGCACGCCCGGCGGCGCGAAUUUCAAGCAUUGGCUUAGGAGAUUUUGCGCCUUGGACGCGUUGAGUCCCCAAUCGACUUCAACUUCAUGUUUGGUUGGGAUUGUUGCCGGACAAUACGACUGCGCUUAAUUGAAGCUCGGGCCCACCGCACAGCGGUACUGAGUGGCAUUGGGGGAGGGAUGAGUUGUGGCUGUUGUGCGUGUUAUUGUGAAACGUUGAGUGUGGCGCCUCGCAAGGUCUGUUCCGGGUGGAAGCCUUGGGUGGAAGCCUUGAGUGAAAGCCGGCGACGCCUUGCACGCCGGGCAGCACGUGUACGAGUCCCGCGACCUGGACUCAGCUGCGAGCCCCGCAGACUUGCGCGCAGACUGGACUCAGCUUGCGUGCCGGUGUCUGGUUUGCGGUCGUCGCUGGUGAGCAUGGCAUAGCAUAUGUGGUGGUCCUGUGCCUGCUGUGCUUUGCCUUGGCAGCGGGACGCGGCAGGACACAUGGCGGGCGGUGCUUGUACCGAACCAACCCCGGCUAUGUCCGGGAUAUCAGAACCUUCAACCUCAGACAUGCACCAACUUGGCGUGGCGUGGCCCAUGGGCGCAGUCUACUUCCCCUUUGAUGAGGAGAGCUUGUUUGUCUUUAUGUACUUGUAAAACGUUUCCUGAUUAGGUGCUGUUGGAACCGGGACCCCUUAGCAGCUUUUACAGCGAGUACGGCCGGGCCAGGCCAACGCUACAGCUGCUGUUGUCGUGUGGGCCUGUGUGGGCGGGCUGUUGAGUGCGUGGCCGGGCUCGAUGGAGGUGGAACGGGCGGCUCGGCCGGCGUGAGUGCUGCCUGAGGCUGACGCAUUUGUUGUGGCGGCGGGCGGCAUGAGCGCCUUGACAACUGCCCCCCAACGACCCGGGCCUUGCAAGGCAUACUGUGCGUGCGAGUAUACUCUUGACCGCC